AUGCAAUGUUACUUAGACGAUUUGCGGGAAUCGGAAGUUGAAACAGCUUUGGAAGCGUUAUCAAACUACGAUCACGGUAGCGAAGAAAAGGAAUUGAUGGCUCAAAGAAGAAGUCCAGAAAAUAUGGAAGGUGCCCAAGCGAAGUUGAAAGAAGAAGCCGACCUUCUAACGGCAUAUGACAUAAUCGCUGACGCAUCUCCUCUUAGCACUGCUCUUAGCGGUAGCGUUUCGUGGUACAGCAUGCCCUGUUCCGAGACCGAAAUCGAAAUACCACCGACACUCUACUUGGGCGGUAUCAGGGUAGCCGACUCUCUUGAAUGUCUACACAGAUUGCCUUAUGUUGAGCUGUGUCCCGUUGAGAAUUUCGACAAUCCAAACGUCAGAUUAAUUUGCAAAGGAAUUACGAGUAGUGAAAAGGACUCCGAUGAAGACAAUUACGAAUGCUCCUAUUAUUCGGACGGUCCAUCAGAAACGAAAGUGACCAUGAGUAAUAUGGAUGCAGCCAGCGAAAAUGAUGGUCAGUUGGUUGCCAUUGUUUUAAUAAAGGUUGAUGAAGCUCUACUUUUUGUAGAAGAAUUUAUCACUAAGGAAGCAAUAUUCACGAAAACCGAACCUGUGCAAAUCGAAGCACGUCGAACACGAAGCAACCGUUGA